CGCUAAUAAAACACACGAAGAAGACGGUCUCGGAAAUGCUUUUCUUGUCCAGUGUUGUUUUGCAGCUUUUCUGUACUGCUUAUAUCAUGCAGAUUUUAAACUGUGAAAUAACCGGCUGCUAGUUUAUUCCGCACACCCUAAUUUUGCAGUAUUUAUUUUAUUUCACCGUUUAUUCGGCCAAAAUACAAAUUCGUUCAACUUUGACCCACUUGGAAUUCUCCCAAGGUUUUCUGGAGCGAGGGCGAAGUCGCUUUAAUUUAAACUAAGCGUACAGUUAGCCUUUAAAAUGACCUCCAGGAAAGUAGUGGAGCUGUUCUAUGACGUGGUCUCACCGUACUCCUGGCUCGGUUUCGAGGUCAUGUGUCGCUACAGAAACGUGUGGAACAUAGACCUGAAACUGCGUCCUGCGUUCCUGGGAGGCGUCAUGCAGGGAGCAGGCAACAAGCCUCCUGGUGUGGUUCCCACCAAGUUUCUCUACAUGACCAAGGAUCUGCAACGCCUGUCAAGAUACUUUGACGUUCCCAUUCAGCCUCCAUCAGAUCCAUUUGAAGUGAUGUUCAAUAAAGGUUCCUUACCUGCGAUGCGGUUUUUGACAGCGGUGCAACAGAAGGAGAAAGGUGGAGACAAACAGGUGGAGCAGGUUUCCCGUGAGCUGUGGAGGCGGAUCUGGAGUGAAGACAAAGACAUCACACAGCCUGCAUCUUUAUCUGAGGCGGCUAAGAGGGCAGGAUUGUCUGACGGUGAGAUCGCAGAGCUGCUGAGGAUGUCCUCCUCCCAGGAAGUCAAAGACAAACUGAAAAACGUAACGCAGGAUGCACUAAAUUAUGGGGCGUUUGGUUUCCCCAUGCUGGUGUGUCACGUCGAAGGGGAACCCGAGAUGUUCUUCGGAUCUGACAGAUUUGAGCUGAUAGCUCACUGCAUGGGUGAGAAGUGGCUCGGACCUAGACCGGAUAACUCAGCUUCCAAGCUGUGAGAGGAGACGUCCGCUCAAACGUUAACACUAACGUUAUAAACCAUUUCUGACUUCCAUCGUCUGAAAUACGGUGGUUUGAUUUUAAUCCUCCUAAAUAAUCCAUCCAAGGAUGCAACAUGACUGUAAAUAAUGGGCCUAAAGCACUUGCAUUGAAUUGUGUUUAAAAAUAAACGUCAUUUAAAUGAAUUAAUGUUGUGAUGUUUGUGCAGCUUUUAUUAAAUGCAUAAAUCGA